AUGAACCGCAAGGGAGAAUGUCUGUCGAUAACACGCGAACUCGCGCAAUAUCUCGAAUGGUUCUUCCGAUCCAAUGUGACAUUCGAACCAUUCGCACUCGUGAUCGACCAGUCAGUGGUCCAUGCUAGGCGUCUCCGAUGUAAGGUCUGCCUGACGGAUGUCGCUGUUGUACCAAAGUUCUAUACGGGAUCGGACCAUCGCCUCCUUCGAGGAAAAUUUUCCUUCACAAGGAGAGCAGAGAAAGCCGUCAAGCUCAGAGAGAGAAAUCCCAGGACUACCAUCAACUGGGAUCUCUUCGCUACGCUAGCCGGCUUUUGGGAAGAUUCCGCAAUGGACAACAUCGACGAGGAAUAUGACCGGCUUGUUGAACACCUUCACGACUGCGCGAAGAAGGCUGAGAGUUUUAAAACCACCAAGAGACGCCUGUCUCUUGAAACUCUUGAGCUGAUACGCCAGCGUGGAGCAGCACGAGCCGCAGGGAAUCAAGAGCUCACGUCCGAGCUCGCAAGGCUUUGUAAAGAGGCGAUAAAGGAAGACCUUAAAGAGAGAAGAGCAGAAGUGCUGGCUGAAGCUGCAGAGGCGGGGAAAAGCAUCCGCUAUGCCCGUCGAGACUUCGCCAGUCGCAAGACGAGGAUGACUGCUCUCCGGAACCCAAAGGGAACAGCCAUUGCAUCGAGAAGGGGGAUGGAGAAAAUCAUCUACGACUUUUACUCUGAUCUCUUCGACAGCCAUGUCCACUUGCCUCCUCACCACCUGAGGGAAGAUGGACAAGUCAUUCCAGAGGUUCUCCCGUGCGAAAUACGACAUGCCAUCAUGUCGGUAAGAAAUCGUACGGCACCCGGUCCCGACAGAAUAAGACCAGAACACCUGAAGAGCCUUCCGCCAGUACUCAUCAACACCCUGGCGAGGCUCUUUACACGUUAUCUGUCGGAAUGCAAGGUUCCUAAACAGUGGAAGACCAGCAAGACCGUGUUGUUGUAUAAAAAGGGAGAUCCACAUGACAUCGGCAACUAUCGUCCAAUCUGCCUACUGUCCGUCAUCUACAAGCUCUUUACAAGAGUGAUCCUUAAUAGGAUUGAAAAAGACCUGGAUGUAGGACAGCCAUGCGAGCAAGCAGGGUUUCGAAAAGGAUUCAGCACGAUUGACCACAUUCACACUGUUUCAAAACUCAUCGAAAAGGCCUUCGACUCAGUUGAGACGGAAGCGGUCGUGGGAGCCUUGGACAACCAAGGCGUCCCUACUCAGUACAUAAAGGUACUUCGAGAGUUGUACAGUAACUUCACGACCGGAAUUUUGUCUUUCUACAAGAACAUCAUCAUUGAUGUGAGGAGGGGGGUCCGACAGGGUGAUACAAUUUCACCCAAAAUAUUCACAGCCACCCUCGAGAACGCAGUGCGAAAGUUGGAAUGGGACGACAUGGGAGUGAAGGUUGAUGGUCGGCAGCUACACCAUUUGCGCUUUGCUGAUGACAUCGUACUGAUAACAUCUAGCAUCAGCCAAGCGGAACGAAUGCUGACCGAUUUCGACGAAACAUGUGGAUGCAUCGGUCUUCAGCUGAAUCUGCAAAAGACGAUGUUCAUGCGGAACGGAUGGGUCUCGGAUGCCCCAUUCACGCUCAACGGAACGAACAUAUCCGAAUGCACCAGCUACGUUUAUCUGGGUCGGGAAUUGAACAUGAUGAACAACCUGACCCCUGAGCUGGGCAGGAGGAGAAUGGCGGCUUGGGGAGCGUACAAGAGCAUCGAGGAUGUAGUGAAGAAGACCAGGAACACCCGGCUCCGUGCUCACCUCUUCAAAACCACCGUACUUCCUGCUUUGAACUAUGCUUCGGAAACCUGGGCAUUUCGCAAGCAGGAAGAAAACGCGGUGAGCAUAAUUGAACGCGCAAUUGAGAGAGUGAUGCUAGGAGUAUCCCGUUUCGCGCAAGUGAGGACCGGGAUUCGAAGUUCUCUCCUACGUCAGCGAUCGAAGUUUAAAGACGUCCCCGCGUUUGCCAAGGAAAGUAAAAUAAGGUGGGCCGGACACGUGAUGCGCUUUAAUGACAACCGUUGGACGAGAGCCGUCAGCGACUGGGUCCUCGCGAUAUUAAGCGCACUACAGGAAGACCGCCGACCCGAUGGUCAGAUUUCUUCACGAAGUCCUUCAAAGAAAAAUAUGAUGCUCUUCGUGUCCCACGCGAAAGGAGGAACCACUGGGCUACUCUGGCACGCGAUCGGGACAAAUGGAAGAAUUACUGGCGCCCGCUCGACCAGUUCGAAGAUCAACGGGAGUCAAGGUGAUCAAGGUGAUUCUUGGUUUUGCUAA